AAUUGGAGAUUGAACUUCCAAGGUUUCUGUUGAGCGAUCUUGAUUGAUAUCUUUGGGACAACAGGAAAAAUGUCGUUCAGUGGAACCCAACAGAAAUGCAAGGCCUGUGAUAAGACUGUUCAUUUCAUUGACCAGUUAUCUGCUGAUGGUAUCACAUACCACAGGCCCUGCUUUAAAUGCAGUCAUUGCAAUGGACAACUUUCGAUGAGUAGCUACUCCUCCAUGGAGGGAAUUUUGUACUGCAAGCCUCAUUUCGAGCAACUCUUCAGGGAGUCUGGAAGUUUCUCUAAGAAACUUACAUGUGGAAAGUCACAAACUGAAUUGGGUAGGACCCCUAGCAAACUGUCCUCAAUGUUCUCUGGGACUGUAGACAAAUGUGCAGUCUGCACCAAAACUGUGUAUCCACUAGAGAAGGUUACUAUGGAGGGAGAGUUUUACCACAAAUCAUGCUUCAGGUGUAAUCAUGGGGGUUGCUUCCUCUCACCCUCAAACUGUGCUGCUUUGGAUGGCAUUCUUUAUUGCAAGCACCACUUUGCCCAACUGUUCAAGGAGAAGGGCAGCUACAACCACCUCACCAAGACUGCUUCAGUCAAGAAAAAUGGAGCUCCGAUGCCCGAAACGAAACCUGAGGAAGCCGAUUCAGGGAAGCCACAAGAAGUAGCAGAAGAACCAAAACAAGAAGCAGAGGCAGGAGAAGCAGAAGCAGCACAGGAUUCAGCCCCACAGGGGCAAUCAUGAAAAUGUGCACCACCCAAUGCCAUGUUCCACUAAGCGUGUGGUGUUGGGAUUUUUGCUUUAAUGAUUUGUAAAACAUGUUCAAAGGAAAACAGAAUUUCUGCUUUUUCUUUGUUGAUCAUUUGAAUCGAUGUCUUGUGGAAGUUGAAAUUUCAA